AUGCCAGUUCCUAGGGAUGCCGAAGGAGAAGAGCCAGGGCGCCCGCUCUACAGUUCUCAUGUGACGGCGGGUUCUUCUGCCUCCGCCGCUCGGAAUCCCACAGAGAGGCCGCGCAUCCCCGGCACUGUUUUGCAUCCUGACGAAAUUCACGACCGAACUCGGCACCGCGUUGAGUAUUUCGAAGCCAAGCAAGCCACACACUACGAGAAGAAGGAAAGAGACGCCAUUCGCACCCAGAUAGGGAAAGAAAUCCGAGACAAAUGCAGGGCGGAGCUUGAUGACUACUACGACUGCAUGUGCGAGCGCACGUUCACUUUCGUCGCUUGCCGGUCGUUUGCGGCUGCAGUGCAGAAGUGCAUCAAGAAAUACGAGAGGCCAGAGGUGAUGGACAAGCGUUGGCAAGAAAUCGCCCUCGAGCGCGAAGCGCUGGGACUCAGCCGCAUCAACCGCCGUCAACGAAAGUACUACAACAAGUACAUUUCGGACGUAGACGGGUCUGGCUGGCUGCCUCGACGAAAAACUGAGACUACAGGGCCUGGAGACCAGGGGGCGUGA